UCCUGGAUUCACACGCUCUAAAUUUAGCUGCCUUAAAGUCAGACAGGACAGCACGGGAGACUUAAAACUCCUGAAACACAGAGACUCAACUUUUUGAUAUAAAUGAAGCAUUUCCCGUGCUCUGAAGCUCUCUUUUUGCCUCAGGGAAAUUAAAGAUUGUUGAGCUGUUGGACCAAUGGGAAAAUCAAAGUGUGGAUUCACAUGGAAAAUGAAAUUCAUUGGGAAUCAAGAGGCAGACCUGUAAUCUCAGACAACACCGAUAUUUCUCUGCAGGCUUGACCGAGGCUCCCGCAGAGAUGAGACUCUACUUUUCUUUGUUAGUUGUCUUCAGUCUUUUUGUGUCUCAGUGCCAUGCCGGCUGUUCUGAGGUGGAUUCUCUGACUGAGGCUGUGGCGGGAGAAGGAUUCCUGCUGGGCUGCAUCUCCUGUAAGAGACGAGAGGAGGUCCCUGCACGAGCCACCGUAGACUGGCAUUUCAAGCCUCUGGGAGAGGAGGAGUUCAGGCAUAUUUUCCACUAUGACUAUCCUGUGGCUGACAUCCUCCAUGAAGACUUCAGCCACCGCCUGGUAUGGCGCGGGACGCUAAAUGAUGACAUUCAGAUGGGAACCGUGUAUGUUAAUAAUGUCACCUUCAAUGACACUGGGACGUAUCGCUGCACCUUCCACCGUACCCUCUUCCUGCCGCUGUCUCCUGGGCUUGUCACUGUGGAGAAGGAGGUGGAGCUUAGUGUGGUGACUGUAGCCAAUCGAGAGCUGACUGAUGUGAUCUCGGAGAUAAUGAUGUACGUGCUGGUCACGUUCCUGCAGCUGUGGCUCAUUGCGGUUCUGAUCUACUGUUACAAGAAAAUCUGGGAUGAGCACGAAGCACGUCAAGCUAAAAAGGCUCAGGCUGGACAGGGAGAAUCUAAAGAUAACUGUGACGGGGUGCAGCUAGACUAACAUCAGCGAUUGGAUUGGAGCUCAGGCAGAAGAUCAGAGCAUUUUUUUCUUUGAGAUGGACCUGCUCAUUUACACCUUCGUGUUUCUUUUUCUUUUGUGGACUCUGCCAGAGCGGCUUUGCAUGAUUACAAUUCAAAAUAAUCCUUAUUUAUCUCAUGCUGGACCUCGAUGAAGCCUCUCAGAUUGUCCUCUAUGUUAAACAAGCUGUUUAUUUCCCUUUUAAGGCAUUUUUCUUCUGAUUGGCUGCCCCUCAUAUGCAACAGAUUUGAAAAUGUGGGUGUACCUGAGAUGACCUUAUUAGGGAUAUCCCCUCUCUCUUGUGUCAUACAAACCCAAGAGUAGAUAAAUCUGAGUGUGGGCAGUCUGAUGCCUGUGCUGUAAUUUGUAAUGCAAACAUCUUCCACUGUAACAUCGCAUAAAUGACAGGGGGAAAGGAAAACCUCCACUUUGAGUGGAGAGCUUUAAAGGUGUGAGUAACACCUUUAAAUUACUAAUGUUUAUUAUCUCAUAAGUCAUAUUUACAAAGCAUCUAUUAGUCCCUCAUCCUGCAUUACUUUAAAAACACUAAGCCUUCAAUGAAGAGUUUACGGUCAGCAAUCUCCGAACAAUGAAAGUGUUCGAUUAAAUUACUGCUUAUUUGCCACAGGUGAGCUGUACUCAAGUUACCUACUAUACUUAUUAGAGACUUACAAGUUAGCAGUGACUCGAGAAUAUUCCUUCUCCAUCAAUAAUUCCAGAUAAAUGUGGUCUGUUCUCCCUGUGUGCAUUCUUACACCCCGGCCUAGCAGAAGCUGGAGCAAUACACAAGAAGAGCCAAAAAAAAGAAAAAGCUCACACUCCCUGCUCCAGUAGGACAACACGGCCUCGGUUUUACAAUGACUAGCGGUUUUAUUAAACUCAAAAGGUAGCGAGCGUCAGGGUGGGCAUUAAACAGAACUGACUUAAUGAGAAAACCCAAAAGAAAAUACAGGCCUCCCACCUGUCUCCCUAACAGGAGAAACGUUUCUCAAAGAAAACGGCUUCCCUCCCCUACAGCUACCAGGUCAACAAUAGAGAUCUUUUUACACUAUCUACAAUAUCUGCAGCCUAGCUCUUCUUAUCUAAGAAAACUCAAUCACACCACACACGGGGCUAACACACAGCUUGUUGGAAACAGGAAGUAGGUGGAGCCGCCAGUCCAGACAGGUCCAAAUUUAUAGCCGGCCUCAUUCAGUCUUCUACUAAUGGUCAGGCUCCACCUGCAAACUUACACAAGCACAAGCACAGGACAAACAACGCCACCCUCAGGUGUGGUGAGCAGCAACAACACAAAAUCAUGACCUGGAUCAUAACACUCCCCCAUCUAACAUUUCUCCCACUCAAGAAAUGCUUGACCCAUUUACCAACCAUUUGACGUGGAUAAAAUGAUGGACAGAAUCUGACAACCUCAGUUUUCAAUCCUGGCCAAAAAUAAUAGCAGGAAACUCUAUCAUAAGAUCUCCUAAUUCCUAAAUGAUCGUGGUCAAGGCCUAACAAGCAAUACAGCAUCAUCAGCACAACACGGGUUGGGUUCCAAGUGCUCGCCGCCUUGCAGCACAGAGGCAGGCAGACAAGGUAGAAUCAGACUGCUGAGCUCUACUGAAUUGCUCUUUGUCUACUGCUAGACACAAGUUGUUUGGUAUCCCAGUAAACGCCACAGAUUCAUUCUUAUUCCCAGGCAAAGGCUUGACAGGAGUUUUAGGCUCCUUAAAGAAUGUAUGGGAAAUGUCCACUGCAUCACCAAGGUCUGUGCAUGAGCAACCACACAUGCUAAACUGCAGAGACACCGGCCCAGAUGGUGCAUGACCGAAAACAUCUGCAGCAGGGUUUUCAGCAGCUUCAGGGGUGGCAGGGAACAUCUUUCCCCCAGCGAAUUCAUUUC